AUGAAAUUCAGUCACGUGAGGUGUGUGGUGAAUAAAGGUCACCUCACUGAGUGUGGCGGUGGUUCUCCCCGAAUUGAGUGCCCAAGACCACUGCCGGAAACACGAAUCUCUUCCUCCACAGCAUGCAGCUGCGCGCCAUCGGGUGCGGCAAGCGCGACGCAGUUUUCGAGGAGAACUUACCACACCCCUUCAGUGAACUACCACUUUACGAUCCUAUCAACAACUUCGUCAAUAAUAAACAUUCUAACAUGUGUAUUCAGAUAUGUGUAUAUGACGUGCUCGUGGAUGAUGGGAGUGUUUGUGUUCGCUCUUCUUCUCGGACAGGUGAUUUGUUUUACCGAAGCAUCUGCCACAGAUUCGGGAUAUCGUGCANCAUGUGUAUUCAGAUAUGUGUAUAUGACGUGCUCGUGGAUGAUGGGAGUGUUUGUGUUCGCUCUUCUUCUCGGACAGAUUCGGGAUAUCGUAUCGAAUGCAAAUCGUACAAGAGAAGAAUAUCGUAGGCAGAUGGAUAUGGCGUUGUCGGAGUGCAAGCGUCUAGGAUUGCCAAAAGAGUUGACAAAUCGUGUACGUGACUGGUUCAUAUACACUUGGGAACAGCAGAAAACUCUCGAUGAAAAGAAGCUCAUCGAAAAACUGCCACUGAAGCUCCAAACUGAUCUUGCUCUCUCCGUCCACUACAACACACUCAGCAAGGUGCAGCUGUUCCAGGAUUGUGAUAGAGCUCUUCUUCGUGAUUUGGUGCUAAAGCUACGACCUGUCAUUUUCCUUCCAGGAGACAUGAUUUGCAAGAAGGGUGAUGUGGGCAAGGAGAUGUACAUCGUGAACCAGGGUGUUCUACAGGUUGUGGGCGGAGAAAAUAACGAAACUGUAUUUGCUGAACUUCGUCAGGGAUCUGUCUUCGGCGAGAUCAGUCUGCUUGCUAUCGGAGGUAACAAUCGACGAACAGCAUCAAUUCGAGCAAAAGGCUACUCUACGCUUUUCGUGUUGUUAAAAGAAGACCUGAACGACGUCAUCAAAUACUAUCCACAGGCCCAAGUACUUCUCAAGAGGAGGGCCGCACUUCAUGCGGAUGCUUCUCCCUUCACAAUUUUGGUCGUGAUUCCAGGGUCAAUUAGGCUAUCAAAUUAG